AUGCGGCGGGAUGCCGCGGCGGAUCAUCAACAAGUCAUAAAUAAAAGAGACGCAGCCACGAGCGGCGGCGGCUGUUUGCGCCUCGCCGCCGCCGCCGCCGCCGAGCCACAAAGGGCAGGCGAGAGUGUGCGGGCCAGCGCGGCACACACUGGCACCGCCAUCACGCCUGACAGCCACACAGGGCGCCGCACGCCCCGUGCCACGGGGAGCACGGGCUGGCAGGCCAAUUGUGGCAGCGACUCCCGGCUUUUACGCCACAAGUGUGAAGGCGGCGGAGGCAGCAGCAGCAGCAGCAGCAGAAGCGGCGGCGGCGGAGGCAGUGGAGGGAGCAGCAGAGACAGCAGUAGCAGAGGCGGCAGCAGCAGCAGUGUUAAAGCUGAGGUGGCGGCGAGGGCGGUAUUGGACAGGGGGCGUGGUCAGUGGUGCCUGAGGGCGAGGGAGGGCUGGCGGGGGGCGGGGGGCGGCGGGCGGGGGGUGAUGGAGACCUCACGUGUGGCCACCGCAACAAAUCAGAGUGGAGCUGGUGUCACCAUUGUGCCUCCUCCCGCACCGCGGCCACAACACCGGGACGCCCGCCGCCGGGCCCCGCACGCCGCCCUGCCCCCUCGGCCGCGGCGCCACAAGGCCGCAAGUCCCGCGGGCCGCCGCCUCCAGAGCUGGCCCGGGGCUGAAGACGCCCUCCCGCACACCGAGGCCCCGCCGUCACGCCCCACACGACCGUCCGUGGGUUACAGUCACACAAUCACGCUCUUUGAGCCUUGA